GUCGUAAAACCACGGUGCAGGUAACCGGUUGAAGAGCCAUGAAGAUCAUUUGACAUCAGACCAUUGGAAGGUGUUUGUUCCCUUACAGCCUCACAGUAUGGCUUCAGUUGGUGCUAUAUUAUUGUUUCUGCCUGUUGCAUGGACAUGCUCGCCCCAAAAAGCAGACUAUGUAAUGGUGUCAUGUUUCCCCAACGCCAUCAUCGCAAAUGUCCCCGAGUGUCCGUACGGCUGGGAGAUUGAUCAGCUGUCUCUGGGUGGGGUCUGUUACUCUGGGGUACGCAGCCCGGGCUACUACCGCUUCGUCAUCUCAGACCUGACUCCUAAAAACAACUCGUACUGUGGCACUCAGUCUGAGUACAUACCCGGCAAAGACCCCAGAUACAUCUUCUAUAACUCCAUCGUGUCCAACGAUACUUCGCUCACAGUCAGAAACCAGCCGGUGAACUACACCUUCAGCUGCAUUUACCGAGCGGCCUACCUGGUGAACAACGCCGUCUUCAGCCAAAGAGUGGCUACAGUUUAUGUCAACAACGGGAGUUUAGGCACUUUUAGAUCUCAGUUGUCUAUGAGUGUGUUCACGAAUUCAAAGUUCCUGUAUGCCAGGGACGCUCCCUACGUGAUCGACACGUCUGAGAUCGGCUCUGAAGUCUUCAUGGGCAUCGAGGCAAAAGGACUAAGUAACAGAUUUAAAGUUGUAAUAAACAACUGCUGGGCCACUCCCACUCCUUACUCUACAGACAAGAAGAGAUGGAGUCUCAUCUUUAACAGCUGCCCCUCUGACACCACUGUGACUAUAUUUGAGAACGCCAAAGACAGCCGCUCCAUGUUCAAGUUCAACUCUUUCCGCUUCCAACGUCUGGAGAAGGUUUCUACAGUCUGGCUUCACUGUGAGGUCACGGUGUGUGAUGGAGAGAGACUCAACUGUAUACCUAGCCCGUGCUCUGUGAGAAGUCCGUCAUCUGAGGCAGAACCAAGCGGAGGGAUCCUUACUGCUGAGUUUCAGCUUAAAGGUAACUCAUUCUCCAACAAUGGACCGAUAAAAGGCACUUCACUCUUCAUCCUGCUGCUGGUCCUGAUAAACACCUGCUGUGAUUUAGUCAAUGAAUCUGAGAUGUAGUUUUAAAAAACAUAGAAGAGAAUCAAUAAAAACAAACAGAGGGAGCGUCAGCCGGGACUCAGGGAGCGUGAAAUCAUUCCUCCCUCACACUGACAUGAUUGUCUCAUUUUAUUAAACAUUUUAAUCUGUUAAUUAACACACCUAUCGAAGCUUUGGAUUUUCUGUUUAUUCACUUUCAGUUUUGUUCCCAAUAAAAAUCUUUUGGAAAAUAAACAUUUUAUCACUUCUUGAAAAAAUCCACCAGGAACAUUUUAUUAAUAUAAAUAAAUAAUGUAUUCAAUACGGACAUUAAAAACAGACUCUUCACAUGAAAACAACACACACACACACAUGAAUCAAAUGGAUAUACUUUUAUAUGUUUAUAUCAUUUCUUAAUUGACAUUUCCAUAUUGAUUGCAAGCAGUUCUGGUGAGACAUAGUUAGAUUUUCUGUCGUUUAUAAAGACUCCUCUGCUUCCACUCCUUCAGCCAUGUUGUGAAACGACGCAGUGAUCAUCGGUUUGUAUGAUAAAGUUGCAUCAAAACAAAGUGAAAAAUGCCAUUGUUUUAAAUUAAUUACAUACAUUCCUUUGGAGUUUAUUUCUCUCCGAGAUAAAGUGACUAAAAUGAGCUCAUCCGCACCUUGAAUCUGUUACAAAAUGCAUCAAAGAAUCUGCCAAAUAUAUAUAGAUAUAGAUAGAUUUUGUUCAGCUUUUUAUGCCUUUAUUAGAGAGACGGGACCGUGGAUAUAGUCAGAAAUAAGGGAGAGAGAGAGAGUGGGGAAUGACAUGCAGCAAACGAGCCACAGGUAGGAUUUGAACCCGGGCCACCUGCUUCAAGGUUGUAGUCAUUGUACAUGGGGAGAGCAAACUCACCACUCGGCC